CCGCUUCUUUUUUCCCCGCAAAGUUGCGCCUCCUUUUUUUCCCCCCCUCAGUCGGAAUGCGAGCUCCACACUGAGGACCUUUUUCUCUCGCUUUUCCUUCAAACCAUCCCCCCUUCUUCUUCUUCUUCUUCUUUUUUUGGUGAAAUAAUCAUAAUUUCCACCCUACGCUGCUGCGAGGAUGUGCAUGGAAGCCUGAGUCACACUUUGGAUUUCCAGGGGGGAGCGAGCGCGCAUUUUACGCACGUCUGGAGAGGCUUUUUCUAAACAACGCGUCUGUUUUCUUGAGACUUUUCAUGUAGGAGGCGCUAUCAGUGGUGAGUGAAGACCAGUCCUUAUUCGAGCCUCCGUACGCCGCUGCUGCCCCUCUCCCCAAGACAGACAUGACUGCAUCUGGCGCGCAGGACUACGGCCAGACUCACAAAAUCAACCCAUUACCCCCACAGCAGGAGUGGAUCAACCAGCCAGUGCGGGUCAACGUCAAGAGAGAAUAUGAGCAUAUGAAUGGAUCCAGCAGGGAGUCUCCAGUGGACUGCAGCGUGGGUAAAUGCAAUAAGCUGGUGGGGAGCAACGAGACGUCUCAGAUGAACUACGGAAACUACAUGGACGAGAAGAACGCCCCUCCCCCCAACAUGACCACCAAUGAGCGAAGAGUCAUCGUACCGGCCGAUCCUUCAUUGUGGUCCCAGGACCACGUGCGCCAGUGGCUGGAGUGGGCCAUCAAGGAGUACGGCUUGUUGGAGAUCGACACGUCCCUGUUUCAGAACACGGACGGCAAGGAGUUGUGCAAGAUGAGCAAGGACGACUUCCUUCGGCUCACCACCAUGUACAACGCCGAGGUUCUUCUCUCUCAUCUCAAUUACCUCAGGGAAAGUAGUUCAUCAUUAUCCUACAACACACCAUCUCACACGGACCCAUCACCACGCCUGCCUGCCAAAGAAGACCCAACGUAUGAUGCUGUACGGCGGACAGGAUGGUCAAACAACAUGCACAGCGCCAAAGGCUCACCGGUGGUGACUCAGAAUGUGACCAAGACCGCCGAGCAGCCCAGAGCUCAGCCAGAUCCUUACCAGAUACUUGGUCCAACCAGUAGUCGCCUAGCCAAUCCAGGUUCAGGGCAGAUCCAACUUUGGCAGUUCCUCCUGGAGCUCCUGUCCGACAGCGCCAACGCCGGCUGCAUCACCUGGGAGGGCACCAACGGCGAGUUCAAGAUGACGGACCCGGAUGAGGUGGCGCGGCGCUGGGGCGAGCGCAAGAGCAAGCCCAACAUGAACUACGACAAACUGAGCCGGGCGCUGCGCUACUACUACGACAAGAACAUCAUGACCAAGGUGCACGGCAAGCGCUACGCCUACAAGUUUGACUUCCAUGGCAUCGCUCAGGCGCUGCAGCCGCACCCCACCGAGUCAUCCAUGUACAAGUACCCCUCGGACCUAGCCUACGUGCCUUCUUACCACACCCACCAGCAGAAGGUCAACUUUGUGUCCCCUCACCCGCCGUCCAUGCCGGUUACCUCCUCCAACUUCUUCGGACCCACCGCUCCAUACUGGAGCUCGCCCACCGCUGGCAUCUACCCCAACCCCAACGUCCCCCGACACCCAAACGCCCAUGUGCCCUCCCAUCUGGGCAGUUACUAUUAGACACCUCUAUCUAACCACCCACUAGCCAAGCCCACCAUUGCUGAGGGCAAUGAAGACGGAUGACUAUUUUAUAUUUUUGAAGAAUAACUGGAUGCUACGAUCCAAAAAUGGAAUACUACUUACCUUUAGAAGACUUGAUGUUUUGGACAUUUAUCUUCCACAUCCUCCUGAAAGCUCUCCAAGUACUCCCGAGUCAAAGGUUAAGGACAUCUGCCUACUCAGCCCACUAUCAGACCUGGCCCUUUAUUUACGGGUCUCAAUGUCCAUCCUCCUGAGUACAUUAUGCUUUUAAGCAUCUGCUCUUUCCACCAUCUACAACCUUGUCGGGGUUUGUUAUUCCCACCACAUCCACAACAAGCUUUCGUCCUCCCACCCCUGACUCCAUCUGUAUCAUUUUAUGUGCGUGUGUAGAGAGAGUGUUCUGGAAAUUGCUGGAAAAGAAGGAGCCCUCACACACACACUGAAGACCUUUCUCGGCACUGAAUGAAAGUUGGCAACUGGAAUAUGCCAUUCACCAUUUAAUUUAUCCUCCAAACUGGAAGGCAAGAGAGAAGGAGUCCAAUCGCAGAGAAGGAAGCGCUGUAUGUCUGCUGAACUGUUAACUUUAAAAUGCUUUCCGCAUCGUGGCGUCCUCGACGGGCGACGCGUCCAGCUCCGUGGCGCAGAGGAAGCAGAGUCGAGACGUAAAUCGUAGCAGUUUCUGCAACGACGAGUCAAGUAUUAAACGUUUACCGCGUUGUUGCGUCCAAGCCAUGUUUUGUCUCUCGAUGGUGUCAGUAUUAAUGUGAAUCGUUGUCCAGUUUGUGUUUUGAAAGAGGAUGCAAAAGUCAAAGAUUGUCAGAUUUUUUUCACUGUGUAAAAACGAGAGUUGUUUUUUUACAUCUAAAUUUAAAACAUAAGUCUAACUCAGGUGUGUGGCCCACUGCAUAUUCUAAACGCAAAAUGAAACACUGCCUCACAUCAGAAUAACGACAAACUACAGUAGAUCCCCGCUAUUUCCAACCAAAAGACCAACCAAAAAUGGCGAGUAAUUGAGACGCCCGUAAUAAUAACAGCACGCUAAUCAAGCCUGGGUCAUACUGCUGCGUCGCAGCGCCGGCGUACGCUACACAGGCUCACUCCUCCCCGUCCAAACUCUCCUGAUAGCUUGACGUUCUCUGAUUUCGGAUCAACAAUUGCAAUAAAAGUGACCGUGGUAUUAGAUUAGAUUCAGCUAGCAUAGAAUUGUAAAAAACUAUGUAAGGUACUCGCCACUAAUGAAUGACAGUUUGCUGUGCGGUGUCACAGCGAUGGAGACAUGUACGGCACAGCGCGAGCUGACCCUUUCAACUUUAAAAAGGGGCCUUUACAGUGCUUAUGAUUUCCUUCGAUCAGUCACUCCGCAAUGGCGACAGAAGUGUGUCCUUCCUUGAAUAACGUGAUUCUCAAAUGGUGGGUCUUGACCCACAAGUGGGUCGCGGCGCCGUUUUCAGUGGGGAAAAAAACAACAAUGUAGUGACCCGCUGUCCGCGAAUGCACCUCGCAUUCUUAUCCGUGCAUCUCUGACGCGCCACAAUAUGCAAUUAUAUGCUUUGUUGACAUUUUUGUCUUUCACGUCACAUGCAGUAAUCCCUCGUUAAAUGGUUCCAGACCAACCGUGAUAAGUACGUUUCUGCUAUGUAGAAUUCCUUAUUUAUAAAUGGAAUAUUUUGGUCACUGUAACAUUUUUCUAACAUUAUUAGAGCCCUCUAGACAUGAAAUAACACCCCUAUAGGUCUACCCAGGGGAGACAUAAGAGAAAAUAAGACAUAUAGACAUAAAGACAUACUGUAAUAUAGAUACACACGUUAGCACUGAGCAACAACAUCCUUGUUGUUGUUCUUUAUCUUUAUCUCGUCAAUGUUUCAUUACUGACACCUAGUGACCAGUGAAGAAUACUGCAUGCCAUCAUGCCAUCUUUGAAUGAGUCUUCUGAAUGCCUCAUAUUUGCAUUUUAGUUCAUUUAGCCAGAGUACGUGGGAGUUUGCCAAACCGGUCUACAUGUGCUUUGUGGACGUGGAAAAGGCAUUUGACCGUGUCCCUCGCGGUGUCCUGAGGGGGGUGCUCCGGGUGUACGAGACUGGUGGCGUGCUACUACGUGCCAUUCGGUCUUGUACAACCGGAGCAGGAGCCUUGUUGGCAUUGCCAGCAGUAAGUUGAGCCUGUUUCCGGUGAACGUUGGCCUCCGCCAAGGCUGCCCUUUGUCACCAAUUCUGUUCAUAAUUUUCAUGGACAGAAUAUCUAGGCUCAGCCAAGGCGUCGAGGCGGUCCAGUUCGGGGGCCUUAGGAUCCGUCUCUGCUAUUUGCAGACGACCUUGGUCCUGAUAGCCUCAUUGGGCUGUGACCUUCAGCGUUUACUGGGGCGGUUUGCUGAGUGUGAAGCUUCUGGGAUGAGACUCAGCACCUCCAAAUCCGAGGCCAUGGUUCUCAGUCGGAAAAUGGGUUGGGAAUGAGGUCCUUGCCCCAGGUCGAGGGGUAUCUCGGGGUCUUGUUCACAAGUGAGGGAAGCUUGGAGUGUGAUUUCAGGCAGGUCAGUGCAGCGUCGCCGUACCGGACCGCCAUGGUGAAGAGAGAGCCGAGCCGGAAGGCAAAGCUCUCAAUUUACUGGCCGAUCUAUGUUCCCACCCUCACCUACGGUCAUGAGCUUUGGGUUGUGACCAAAAUAAUGAAAUCACGGAUAAAAGCGGGUAAAAUGAGUUUCCUCCGUUGGGGGGGCUGUAGGAGCGUCUCAGAGUACAGCCGCUGCUCCUUCACAUCGAGAGGAGCCAGUUGAGGUGGCUCGAGCAUCUAGUCCGGAUGCCUCCCGGGUGAGAUGUUCCUGGCAUGACCAGCUGGGAGAAGGCCCAGGAGAAGACCGAGGACACGCUGGAGGGAUCAUGUCUCAUAGCUGGCCUGGGAACGCCUUGGUGUCCUCCUUAGUGAAACCGGAAGAGGUGGCUGAGGACCGGGAAGUCUGGACUUCCCUACUGAGACUGCUGUCCCCACGACCUGGGAAAAUGGAUGGAUGGCCAUUUUCUGCUUGAAAAUGCUCAAUUUAGGCCAAACAAAUCGGUAAAAUUAGCUUUAAAAUGCAUUGUGUGCACUGUGUUUGUGAGUUAUCACAGACUUAACACAACGCUGAGUUAAAUACAUUUAAAUGCAUAACAUAUUCCAACCAAAGAGCUUCAAUCAAGCAAACAAAAGGUGAAGAAAAUCCUAAAAAGUGAUGCUCACAUACUUCAUUUUUUCCGAUAUGCAGUCUUUUGUAGUAUAAGUUUGGACACCGCUGGUCUCACCAGACUAAACUAACUAGACUAAACUUAACCAGCAAUAAACCCUAAUAGUGUUGCUGUCAUCAUUUUUUUUGGUCUCGUUUCCUUGAUGAAAAAUCUGACAAUGUUUGAUUUUUUUCGCCAUGACUGCCGUUGUGUCAUCAUCUCCUUGUGGGGCUAGUCAGGAUCUUGAAAAGUGUCUUUCUCAAGAAGUCAAUAAGUUGCAUUUUACCAGGGCUGGAUCCUAGUUUGAGAGCAGCAUGUAUGCUUGAAUGUUAGUUUCUCACUGAUCUAAAAGGCCAGAAGAAAAAGACAAAUGUACCAUGAAUUUCAAUGUAGGACCUCCUCCUUAUGCUAUCGCAUCAUAUCAGAAGGUUUUCAAGUUCGUUAUGCGCUCGAAACACUUGAAAGCAAGCGACUUUGGGCUUCGUUUAUCCGAGAACAAAACCGACUUUAAAAUAUGACGAGAUGAAACAAGAAAUUCCUCAGAUUCGCAAACGCUGUGCGUUUGUCAGACCUAUUUUGUAUUGUUUUAUAUGCAUCAGUCAACUAGGCAUUAAAGCAACUUACUGUAUAAAUUAUGCAGAGUUAUUUUCAUAUGUGACACAGUAUUAAAAAAAAGAAGAAGAAACAAGAGAAUUAAUACGAGUUGACCUCGGUCAAAAAUGCAAACCUUUGAAGUCCAUUUCUGCUCAGUAGUUUGUUCGGCAUUUGAAGUGUUUUUAUAUUUGUACAUUUGGGCAGUACAUUUUUGUACGUUUUUAUUUUCUUUUUGUUGUUAUUACUUCUUCUGAGAAUAACUGUGUACCAUCCUAAGUGCCUUUGUGUGCACGAGCUAUUUUUUUUUUAGCCUCCCCCGUAACUCAAGUGACUGCUGCUUGCAUGCAAUAACCAGGGACUUUUUGACAUUAUUAUGAUUACGAUGCUUCUUUUAAUCACGUUCAAAGCCAAAUAGUCCUGGAAUCCGUGGAAAUGAAGACAUAUAAUGCAAAUAGUAUUAACAUCCACCUGCUUCCAGCUGAACCAAAAACCUCUACUGCAGCCUUAAAAACGAUUUUUCACAAGCAAAAAAAGGGAUCUAUGCUACUUCUUAUAAGCAAUGUAUUUUGCGUGUGUAUAAUUUUACAAUUAACCAAUGCCUUAUUAUUAUUAUAAUUAUUAUAAUUAUUAUUAUUGUCAUUCCUGCAAUGUAUGAAGUCAUACCUUUUGAAAAAGGGCUUUUGUAUAGGAAAAUGUGACAAAUAAAUGUUUUUACCUCUCAA